CAUGAGAGUUUACUCCAAAUCGGCAGAGAGGAAAGAUUCUGUCCCUUCACUCGACGAUCGGUGCGUGUCGAGGACGCAGAGUGCCACCUGCAGACCGCUUGCUGUAUGCUCUCCUAAAAUUCAGGAUGAAGAUGAGAAGAACAUCAGAGAUGGCAGUAAAAGUUCAGGUGAAACCUCUGAGACCAUCAGAAAUAGAAAUUCAGAGAUAAAUGACAAACAUGAAUCUAAGACAUCAUGGACUGAGACAUCAUCAGUGGUGUGUUCCAGUUCUUCCAGCCUCGGAUUGGGUGUUCCUCCAUUUUCUACGUUUCCUCUUCCGCCGUUUCCGACAAGCUGUGCGAGUUUCCCUCAGCCGCUUCUGCCUGCAUUGAACAAUAAACCAGGGACCUCCAUCAUUUCCACUGUUCCGUGUGGAGACCCGUACUGUCUCGGCUAUCACUGUGCUGCGUCUCUUAAAUCCACGUUUCCUCUUCUGUAUCCUUCUCACUCCAUUCCUUCUUCCUCCACAUCUGCAAUUACAAUAUUUCCACAUGGCUUCAUGCACAAUCAUGAACUCCACUCAAGUUUUUUAAACAGCGUUUCAACAGACUCUUCUGAGCCCAGUUUCCCCCCCUCACUGGGGUACAUAGCCUCGACUCUCAGGACCCCACAUCACACACUCGGACAUGGCGCUCGGUACCAUCCGUACUUCAAAAACCCUUCACCAGCACCUUCAAAUCCAUAUUAUUCUCUACAUGGACUCGCACUUUAUGGACAAAGGCUUCAUCUAGCACCUUAAAGGUUUUGUGUAGAACCACACAAUAGUGGGUCCAUUUAUUCAUUUCUUAAUGAGAAGUUACAAAAAGCUUUAAUCAGAAUCUGAUUUUUAAUAGAAAUUUAAUAAUAAACAAAAUCUAUAUAACAAUAUUAUAUACAAUUUCAUUAAUGUUAUAGUAUUUUGUCUUCUGUUCUUCUUUGAGGACUUGAUCAUGACAAACAGAAAUAAGAACAGAGACUGAGAAAAAUAACAAGUGUCACAAGUGGAAAUUUAGAAGUUAAUUGCAAAAAAAAAAA